GACAGAGAAGCACGUUCUCGGAAGGGCCGCUGGUGGUCCCGAGCCGAAGCACAGUUCGGUAACCGACGUCCCAGAAGGCCGACCCCUGCAGCCGGCUUGCUGUCUCCGCCUCCGCCUUUGAACAACAACACGGGAGCGACCUCAGCCUGCCAGGCUCUACCCCGAAGACCCGUCCACGUUCAGCCUGCCCCCAUCUCCCCAACCCAAACGCCAUUACUUCAACUCAACGAGAACUUCUCCACGAAACGCCAAAAAUGUUCUCUUUAACUCGGACGGUGGUAAAGUAGUUCCAGUUCUAAAGUCCAACAGGCGGCAGAGAGCGUCGCCGAGGAAGUUUUUCACCCCCAGUUUUCGGCCAGAAAGCUCAGGUCUCUGGGGAAAGGAGUGCAUAUGAUGUGGAUCUGGUACAUUCUACUCGGCUCGAGAACAGUUGAGAGCCAGCUGCUUCCAGGGAAUAACUUCACCACAGAGUGCAACAUCCCUGGAAAUUUCAUGUGCGGAGAUGGGAAGUGUGUCCCAGGAGGGUGGCAAUGUGAUGGAUUGCCCGAUUGCUUUGACAAGAGUGACGAGAAAGGCUGCCGCAGAUGUGUUCCGUGCAUGGUGUCAGUCCAUUCCUGGAAACCCAAAACAUCCCAGUUCUCGCAUGGCCAGCAUAUUCAACAGACAUGUCGCCCAUUGAGCAUAUUUAGCAUGCCCUGUGUUGGCGUAUGCAUGUUUCAAUUCCAGCCAAUAUCCAGCAACUUCAAGAGAAGUGGAAAACAUUCCACUGAUGAGAGAGGUUUUUCAGUGCAUGAGGCAAAUGGUGGUCACUUCAGAGACAUCUGGCCCUCCUGACACACCCAGUACAGU